AUGUCCUCCUUUGAUGUGGAGAGCAGAAAUUGGACCACUGCUCAGGAAUUCAUCUUUUCUGCUUUCCCCCACAACUGGGGAGAUGCUGUCAUCUGUUUUGUCCCAUUGCUCUUCAUUUAUGCCUUCAUCAUUGUUGGAAACUUGGUCAUUGUCAUAGUGGUCCAGAUAGAUGCCCACCUCCACACCCCCAUGUAUUUCUUUAUCAGUUCCCUCUCUUUCCUGGAGCUUUGGUAUACGACAUCCACUAUCCCACUCAUGCUUUCCAACCUGCUCAGUGAGAAAAAGAGCAUUUCCUUAAAUGGUUGUAUGGUGCAGUUGUAUUUUUUCCAUUCCACAGGCAUAAGUGAAGUGUGCCUUUUGACAGUUAUGGCCUUUGAUCGCUAUUUGGCUAUUUGCAGACCCCUUCAUUAUCCAACCAUCAUGACUCCCAGACUAUGUGUCCAAUUGACCCUGGUCUGCUGUGUCUGUGGCUUCAUCACACCCCUGCCUGAGGUUGUGUGGAUCUCCACACUGCCGUUCUGUGGCUCUAAUCACCUGGAGCAUGUCUUCUGUGAUUUCCUCCCACUUCUCCGCCUGGCCUGCACAGACACCCGGGCCAUUGUCAUGAUCCAGGUGGUUGAUGUGAUUCAUGCUGCGAUUGUCACAGCUGUGCUCCUCAUCCUCCUCUCUUAUGCUGGCAUUGUGGCUGUGAUCUUGCGCAUCCGUUCAGCUGAGGGUCGUAGAAAAGCCUUCUCCACCUGUGCUUCCCAUCAUGUCUUUGUACUGUUCUUUGGCAGUGUAGCACUCAUGUACCUACGUUUCUCAGCCACAUAUUCCUUGUUCUGGGACACAGUAAUUGCUCUGGCAUUCACUGUUUUGUCCCCAUUUUUCAACCCCAUUAUCUAUAGCCUGAGGAAUAAAGAGAUUAAGGAGACUGAAAAAACACAUGAGUCAGCCAAGGAUCUUUUCCUGUAA